UUCAAACCACAGUACUGCCCCCCAAAAUAAUUUUCUUGGUGAUUUUAGGAACUGAGGAAAGAGAGCAUUAAACUGGCUGUAAAGUCAUGAAUAGGAUUCCACAACAAGCAUCUGGAACCCUUGAAGAAAACAGAGCAGAGGUCUUCAGAACAAGGGGAACAGAGAACGUCAGCCAUGGACCCUCGGCGCCGAAGGGCGACUCCGAGAACCUCGAAGGCGGGAGCUGCUACCCUCUGCGCAUCUAGGCAGGGUGCGACGGGCGCCUCGAGAGCCCCGACACAGCCCAGCGAACUUCCGGCUGUCCCCCAACCCGACGCGGAAAAGUGCAGCCGGGCCAGGGGAUCGCGAUCCCAGCAGACCAAGAGCGCCCCGACGCAGCCCAGCGAACCUCCGGCUGCUCCCCAACCUGACUCAGGAAGGCGCGGCGGGGCCAGGGGGUCGCGAUCCCAGCAGACCCAGGGCGCCCAGGACCCCCCGCAGAGCCCGGAGCGCGCGCCGAGCGGCCGGCAGAAGAAGGCAGCUCUGCGCCCCGAGGAUGCGCAGCCCUCGAGCGCGCCCCGCGCGGCGGGAGUCCGGGCGCGGGCGGCACCCGCAGAAGAGCCAGAGCCCCGCGCCGUACCCGGGCCGCCCCCCGCCAGGGCAGGAUCCCGUCGCCAAGGAGGAGGGGCUGCCACUCGAGAACCGAGACCCCCGCCGGCGCCCAAGGAGGGGUCGGGCCGGGGCGCGUGGGAGCAGACCCCGAGUCUCGGCCUCAGCGAGGCGCCGCCAGGAGGCUGGAAGCUCCGGUCAGUGCUCGAGAAGUUGAGGCUAAAACGCCAGGAAAUCUCAGCGGCCGCCGAGGUAGUGAACAGGGUCGUGGGCCACCUGCUGCGGAGGCUGCACAACUACGAGUCGGAGUUCAAGGGCGUCGCUCUGCUGCCCUCCGGGAGCUACUACGAGCGCGUGAAGGUGAGCGGCCCCCUACGCUCCCCACUCUCCUGGGCGUCCCCGCUUCCCCGGGCGCGGGGCGCCUCACUUCCCGGGCUCUCCUUCCUCAACGCCUGCCUGGGAUUCCCCUUUUCCCCGGGGGCGGAUCCCUCACUUUCCUUCGGUGGCCUGUGA